UCGACCUCCAUACUCAUGCUUGACUCACUAGAUCUCAGGGGUUGUGUGGAGAAUUGUCAGGAGACGGGUUGUGUUGGAAGUCAACAAUGCUUUCAGCAUUGCAUAUUCACCGCUGAUGGUAACAUUUCUGAUGGUCGGUGGUACCUCCAAGAACCUCUCUAUCUGAAAUGGAAACAAUGGGAUUGCCACAGUGAUUGCCGCUACUAUUGUAUGCUUGCAAGGGAGGAGGAAAGAAGAAAGCUCGGCGAGAAGCCUGUCAAGUAUCACGGAAGAUGGCCUUUUCGUCGUGUUUAUGGAAUUCAGGAACCUGUUUCUGUUUCUUUUUCUGCACUCAAUCUUGCUAUACAAUUUCAUGGUUGGAUAUCUUUCUUCAUUCUUGUCAACUACAAGCUGCCUUUGACGGAUAAUCGAAAGACGUACUAUGAGUAUUCUGGCCUUUGGCAUAUCUAUGGUGUCCUAGCAAUGAACUAUUGGUUCUGGGCUCUAGUUUUCCACAGCCGGUAA